AUGUCUGAAUGGCAAGCACCUGUUGGUGGUCAAAUUUUUAAAGGCGAUAUUGACGAUAUCCCCGAUGAUUGGGAGGCAGAUCUAGAAGAAAAGCCUAAAAAACCAGAAAUCAAUACAGAAACAACUCAGAAAUCCACAGCAACAACUACUAAAAAUAAAACUAAAAAGAAGCAAAUAGCAGGCGAUAGCGACGAUGAUUUAGUACGAGAGCCAGAACGUAUUUAUACAGCUGAUGAAUUAGCCGAAAUAAGUAAACGUAAUGAAUUAUCAAGAGAAGAGUCAAAAUUAAAAAUGGUCAAUGAAUUUGUUAGUGGUGGGGAUAAAUAUUCGUUAGAUGACACAAAUUUAUUGACGAAAGAGGACUUUACGAAUUAUUCAUUCCGACUGUAUAAUAGGCUUAAUUUAUUAGCAAAAUCAGAACAUUAUUUAGACUUUUUAGAUAAAUUAUUAUUUGGUUUAUCAGAACCGUUAUCUAUUGAUCAAACUCGACAUCUAACAACUACUCUGCAAGGAAUACAAUCAAAAAAACUGUCAGAAGACCGAGAAAGAAAAUUCAAAUUGAAAAAAAACAAAGUUGCAAAACCGCAAUUGAGAGCUGAAAGAACAGAAUUGGAAUUGUACGGCGGAGAUGGUGUGGUAGUCGGUGGGGAUGAUGAUGAUGAUAUAGAUUUUAUGUAA